AUGGAGCCGGACGUCGACGCCCGGCGCAGCUAUCUGGCUGGGCUUCUGCGCGGUCUUUGGGUGCCUCGUAACACUCGCUUGAGCGAUGAUAAGGCCUCACAGCAGGCCUUAGCGCAGUUCCUCGAUGAUCAGCAGUGCAACGUGCUGCAUGCUCGUCUGGCAAGCGGUAGUGACGACAUCUGCUUGUCCAAUACGUUGCAGGACGAGGAAGGCGGCAACAACGACGAAACUGCAGCUUUUCUUAAGCUGCACAAGGUGACGCCACUCACGCCGGAGAAUAUGAGCACGAGUGUGCAGCUCACAUCGGCGCUACAGACGCCACUGCAGAGUCUCUACCAGACUGUGCACCAAGUGUAUGCGCCACUAUUACUGCGUGACGAUGCACGGGCCGGUUUGUUGUCACAGAAGCUCAAAGACGUGUUGCUAGAGUUAGACGCCGGAUUGGCUGGUACAGUCUUGCUCCAAGGAGGUAGCGACGCUAAGAAGCCCAAAACUACACCUAGCGACGGAGAUGAAGGCCUUAUGAGUAUAGCAACUAUGCGCGAUGAGUUCGCGUACUGGGAAGCGAUGCAGGACGACGCGAGACAAGCCAGAAGAGCCAAGAAGUUCAGUGCUGUCUUCGACACGGUACACCAGCGCUUCAGCGCUCCACUUGGCGAUUUGAGCUUCGAUGACAUGGCUGAUCUACUGGACGACGCCUCUAAUGUAGCUGAUGAUCUGUGGCGUCUAGAUCUGGCACGGGAUCAGUUGUAUCCACAGAAGAGAAUGGAGCAUCUACUCGGACUCGUCACCAACGCCAUCAACGCUUUCGUUCUAGCCAAGGCGAAAUCUUUAACAGGAACAGAGAAAGGGUCCGAUGGGAAUGUGUGGCAAGCGCAGUUCCAUGCAGUCCACCAUUUGUUACAACAAGGGGUAACAUUGUGUGAGAAAUGGCGUAACUCUAUCGAGUCCUUAACUGGAACGUUAUGGCCAGCACAAAGUGAACAUCCAUGGGACGGAUCGGUAUCCUCUCAAGCACAGCGCGUUCAAUUGCUAAGUACUCGGCUGGAGCAAGUGCUUCGAGUACGAACGACAUACGAGGAGCUCAGUGUCUUGCUACCAUCCAGAGGGGGCGAAAACGAGCUAGCAGAGUCGUGUUUCCGUCCAUUUGAGCGGCUACGUCCACUGUACUACAACGCGUACACUGAGCCAGCGUGGCAACGAGCAUUAAGCGAGUUUGACCGCUCUUUGGCGCCUAUGGAGACUCAAGUGGCCGUGGUGUUACGUGAACGUCUUCGUGCUGUAACGUCCAAGCCCAGUGCUGCUGCACGCUUGUUACAACGCUAUCAUCAUCUCCUACAGCGUCCUACCUUAGCACAAGCUCUUGCUGGCGAGCGUGACGCUCUUCUAGCUCAGCUUUUGGCGCAUGUAGACCAACUAGACAGUGACUUUGAGACGCGAAAGCAGAAUCUUGGCUCCAGUAUUGGAGCGAGAGACAAGAGCGGCAUGCAUGUCGGCAAGACGUUGAGUAGCGACGUCAACGUCAUCGUCUGGGCACACGCGCUGGGUCGACGCGUAGCAGACAUGCAACGUCUAGUACGUGGAGUCUUAACAGACUUACCAGCACUUCCUCGGUUAUCCCAGCAGUGUGAUAAACUCGCAGCUAAAGCCAGUGGACUGGUACUUGAUCGUGUACGUGACUGGCAGGAAUCAAUGUUACGAGCUCUAGAUGACGACGACGACAGCAACGGAAGCCAAUCUCUACGUCUUCGAGGCAGACUCAUGCAGAUCGACAAGCAAAGUGGCGAUCUGGUCGUGAACUUCAGUGAAUUUCUUGUAACAUUGUUACGUGACGUCCGUCAACUUACAGAACUAUCCUCGCAACAAGCAGCUGCAAGCGAGGCUUGGGUCCCAACACGUGUACGUCAAGUAGCCGAGGAAGCAGAGAAAUACUACCGCUUUGGUGUAACAUUGCAGAAAGUGGCCAACUUUUACAACAGCAUCGAGGCGCAGAUUAUCGACGAACAGAAGCCGAUGCUGCUCGACUCUUUGCUUGCGUUUGAAGACGCAGUCCAGCGACCCGGUAUCGCGCAAAGUCAGAACCAGAAAACCGAGAGUAAAGACGUCACGUGGGCCAAUCUAGACGAAUGUGACGAGUACAAACUCGGCGAGGAGCUGCUAGCUCUCAUGGAUGUGGAUUUACUUCGAUACCCGCAGAAGUGGAAAGAACGUUGGGACGAGAUUAAAAAGAACGCGCAGUUGACAACACGGAAACAGGACUCUGCACGUACAGCCAAGUGGUUUCUGUACUGGGACCAUCAGCUGUAUAAAGUGUUGGAAUCGGGCUACCAACUCGGGUUAGAAAUGCUCAACGAGAACCUUCCCGAGAUUAAGGAGAUCAAAACCGAACUGCACUUCCCCACCGCGAUGGCCGCAUCGGCUUCUGGAGGCUCUACGCUAGUGCUAAAGCCUCCGAUUGAAGAGCUACGCACGACGUACUACAAGGCGAUGAAGAAGUUUGUGGCGAGACCCACAAAGUUCGGUGGCUUUGCCAACUCGCACGUGUUCUCGGCCAUGUGUGACGCCAACGCACGCAAUCUUGUGCGUGUGUACGAGGCAUGUGAGCGGUUAUUCACACGGUUAGAAACGCUGUUAUAUGAGUACGAGCAUUGGGGUUUUCUAGCUCGUAUCGGAGGCGGGGGGAGUGUCGACUUGGACGCAGUAAUGGAGACAACACUGCAAGAGCCAACGGACUGGGAGAUCAACUUCAAGACGAUCCGAACGAAGCGCAAAGAGAGCGAGAAGAUCCCGGACUCGGUCAAAGUCGACUGUAUCCACUUGUCCUUUGUGCCGUUUAAACGCUCACUCGAUGAACUGAUACAGAGGUUCACAGACGCGUUACUGUUAUCGUUACGGAAGAGUACACUAAACCACAUCCGGAUCGUGGAAGACUUCGUGGAUGCGUCUAUGGAGAGCUUGAAUAAGCGUCCCCAUUCUAUUGAUGAGAUUAGCGCAGCUCAGUUAGAGUGGAAGGACAUCGACGCGCGUAAAACUGACGUGCAGACUCAGUACCAGAAGGCAGAGAAGAAGAAAGCGCUGCUUCUCGCUGUGCUGGGAGGCGGCAGUAGCGCCGGUAUGAGUGGCGCGAGUCUCGAUACGAGUGAAGUCGAGACGCGUCUGUCGCAACUCCCAACACGUUGGGAGAACUUUGAGAUCGCUCUGGAAGCCUUUAACGACAUGAUCGAGGAACAGCGCGAGAGUCUCAAAGGCGAGAUCGAAACGCACGUGGUGGAAUGUAACGUUGAGAUCGAUAAACUACGCGAACAAUGGCGUGCCAAGCGGCCAGUGGAGGUGUCAUCAUGGGAAGAUGAAGUGCUGGCUAAAGUGUACACAGCGAUGACGGAGUGGCGUCAACGGAUGGACGAAUUAAAGACACGAUGUCUGACUUUAACCUCGAACUGUGCCGCGUUCGCCAUAAAUGAACCGGUGUUCGACGGCCUUGCAGCGUUGGAUGAUGACAUCACGAAGCUGCAGCGUAAUUGGGACACGUAUCGUCAGUUCCGAGAGGAAGUUGAGACUCUGGCCGCUCAAGACUGGUUCGCCUUCUGUACUAAUAUGUUCGCACUCGCUGAUACGGCUCAGAAAUGGGCUGAUGCAGUCAAAGAGCAAGCAGCUCAAGGCUCCGAACGUACGCCGGUAGUGGACAAGAUUGUGGACUUUAAUACGAACGUCAAGAGAGCCAUGCCCACGCUCAAAUUAUGUCGUGGAGAACCUUUCAAAGAUGAUCACUGGACUCAGCUCUUCCGGAAACUCGGGUUCCCACGCACAGUGGAGAAGAACAACUUGAUCGUCCAGCACUUUAUCGACGUGUUCCCUGUACUUGAACUGCCUGCUACUCUGCAGUUCGUGAAGGUGCUUCAUGCUCGAGCUCAAGGCGAAGUGACGAUCAGAGACGCGUUACAGGAACUUCGAGCUUGGACCGAGACGGCGGAGCUCGCUCUACUCACCCACGAGCACGAUGGACGACGUGUGGCUAUCAUUAAAGACUGGAAGGACUUGACCUUGGCUCUGGGGGAUAACCAGUCGCUACUGGCUUCACUGAAGGAGUCGCAAUUCUUCAAGCCAUUUGAGGUCGAAGCGAGUCAAUACGAGAUCAAAAUGAGUACAUUGGAUCAAGUAUUGACUCAUUUAAACAUUAUUCAACGGAAAUGGGUCUUUCUGGAACCCAUUUUUUCCAAAGGAGCUUUACCUUCGGAACAGAGUCGCUUCCGUCGAGUGGAUGAGGAAUUUACCGACAUUAUGGGAUCUGUCGAACGAGAGCCGAAGCUCUUUAACUUGGCGGAUGAAUUGAUGUUCCCUCAGUUAGUAGAACGUCUGACGACGAUGGUUGAUCAACUGGAGCGUUGUCAGAAGGCGUUGGCGGAUUUCUUGGAGGAGAAACGCUCUCGAAUGCCUCGUUUCUACUUCAUUGGAGACGAAGAUCUGCUGGAAAUUCUAGGACAAGCUCAGAACCCAGCGGUGAUCCAGAGUCAUCUGAAAAAACUCUAUCAAGGCGUGUAUCGUGUCGAGUUUUCCGAAAAACAAGACCAGAUUGUAGCUAUGUUGAGUGCUGCAGGUGAGCGUGUGGAGCUGCACUCACCUGUCGCUGUCACGAGUAAUGUGGAGGAAUGGCUCGAGACGUUCACGGAAGAGAUGCGUCGUACGAUUCGAGCACUUGCAGCGCAAUGUGUCAGCGCUAACGCUCCAGACUACCACACCUUCCCGUCUCAAGUAUUGUGUCUAACCGAGCAGAUCCGCUUCUGUUCUCAAGCUGAAGUUGCGAUAAAAAAUGGCGACAUACAAGAACUUAAGCGGAAUUUGCAAGAUACGCUCCGAGAACUCACGUCGUUGGACUUAAGUACCGAGUUACUGAUGAGUCUCAAGGUCAAGGCGUUGGUGCUUGAUUUAGUGCACCAUAUCGACGUUUGUGACCAGCUUUUGGCGGCGAAUUGUCGCUCAACUAGCGACUGGAUCUGGCAGAAGCAGCUGCGUUUCUAUCUGGACUCUAGGAAGUCCGGUAAAGACCCUCCGCCGUGUAUAAUCCGUAUGAACGACGCGGAGUUCGCGUAUACGUACGAGUACCAAGGCAAUGCGCCAAAACUGGUACAUACCCCGUUAACUGAUAAGUGUUAUUUAACACUUACACAAGGUAUGCACAUGGGGUUCGGUGGCAAUCCCUACGGUCCUGCAGGUACCGGUAAAACCGAGUCGGUUAAGGCAUUGGGCGGGCAAUUUGGACGUCAAGUACUGGUAUUUAACUGCGAUGAAGGUAUCGAUUUCCAGUCGAUGGGACGAAUUUUUAUCGGUUUAGUGAAAUGUGGCGCCUGGGGCUGCUUUGAUGAGUUCAAUCGCCUGAAAGAAGACCAGCUUUCGGCUAUUUCUCAACAGAUUCAAGUGAUUCAAGACGCGAUCAAGGAGAAAACAGGCACGAUUAACUUGUUAAAUAGGUCGGUAGAUGUGGAUUUUAACGCGGGGAUCUUCGUGACGCUCAAUCCGGCUGGGAAAGGGUACGGUGGCCGAUCGAAGCUUCCGGAUAACCUCAAAGCGCUCUUCCGACCUGUUGCUAUGGGUCGUCCGGAUAACAACCUGAUUGCAGAAGUUAUCCUGUACUCCGAGGGGUUCAGUGAAGCCAAAGACAUCGCGUCUAAGGUCGUUUCUUUAUACUCUUUAUCCGGCCAAUUACUCUCGAGACAACAGCAUUACGACUGGGGGUUACGAGCUUUAAAAGCUGUUUUAAACACGGCCGGGAAGCUCUUACAAGCUGAAAAGAAAGACCGCGCUACGUCUGGAAAAUCCAGUGAAGACGAAUCCAAAUCGGCAGAUAAACCAGUGAGGAUGACGACAGCAGAGGAGACCGAGAUCCUCAUUAAAGCAGUACGUAUCAACACGUUAUCCAAGCUCACAUUCGUCGACUCGACUCGGUUCUUAGCGUUGAUUGGCGAUGUUUUCCCUGGUGUUGAGUCUGCGGACUUAGCGGGAGGUGCAUUGGGCGACGCUAUCCGUGAAGUGAUGACCAGCAAACCGUUCUACCUCCAAGUGGACGAGUUACAGAUCCGUAAAAUGCUUCAGCUGAAGGAAUCACUUGAUCAACGUAUGGGGUGUGUAGUGGUGGGGCCGUCCGGUAGUGGCAAAUCUACCGUGUGGCUCGUUCUACAACAAGCGUUGAUCAAGUGUGGACAGCUUGUUAAAACUCACGUUAUGAACCCCAAGUCCAUGCCGCGUGAGCGUUUACUAGGCCACAUGGAUCUGGAUACACGCGAAUGGGAGGACGGCGUGCUCACUGCCGCCGCUAGACAAGUCGUGAAGGAGCCAGAGAACGUCCGUUCGUGGAUUAUCUGUGACGGGGAUGUGGAUCCAGAGUGGAUCGAGUCGUUGAACUCGGUGUUAGACGACAAUCAUCUACUCACGUUACCGAAUGGCGAGCGUAUCAACUUUGGUCCGAACGUUAAUUUCGUGUUCGAGACACACGAUUUACGGUUCGCUUCCCCCGCUACAAUCUCUCGAAUGGAGAUGAUCUUUUUGUCGGACGAAGACAUGGCGAUCGAACGUCUUGUGAGUAAAUGGCUACUCACUCUCCCGCCUGCUUCUGAUCCUAGUAGUAGCAACACUAGAGACGCAUUGAAACAGUGGAUUGAGGAGUUGUUUACUCGAGGAUUGGACGAGUUAAACAAGUACGAAGCGAUCGUAGCGACGACGACAGUUGGGACGAUUAUGAACGGGUUAAGUCACGUCGCUACUGCUACAACCCGGUCGGAAUUCGUCUGUGCAAUGAUCCGUGGACUGGGUGCUAACUUGGCCAUGACAUCACGUGCGUCGUUCGCGAAAUCGCUCUUUAUGAUGGCGAAUGAACGUCCACCCGAUGUGAAUAACCCGCUGGAUUGUUACUGUCAAGGAUCUACUUUUUACACGUACGAGACGAAGCGUGAUACGUACGGAGCUAUGGAUGGCAAGAUGGACCGUAAGGACCUCGCGGCUAACGGGAUGGAGGCCGUUGUACCGACUGUGAGCGUUCAACGAGGACUUAAACUCAUUGAACCGUGGGUCGACAAGAUGGAGCCGUUCAUCCUCGUCGGACCGGAAGGAAGUGGCAAGAACAUGUUGAUCCGUCAAGCGUUUAAGAGUCUUAAGAGCGUCACCGUCUCGGUUCUACACUGCAACGCACAGACUACCGCGGACCACGUUAUCCACAAGAUUGCGCAGUGUUGCUCCCUGUUUUCUACACCUACAGGUCGCGUGUAUCGUCCGAGAGAUGCGGAACGUCUUGUGCUGUAUCUCAAGGAUAUCAACCUACCCAAACCAGACCAAUACGACACGUGCAUGUUGAUUGCCUUCCUCCAACAAUUGAUCACAUUCAACGGCUUCUUCGACCAGCAUUUGGAAUUCCUCGGAGUCGAGAAGAUUCAACUUGUAGCGUCUAUGAACGCAGCGACGACAGUAGGGAGACAUCCGCUGUCCACCCGCUUCACGGCGAUCGUCAAGGUGGCGUACAUGGACUACCCGUCGACCGAAGAGUUGUCGGUAGUGUACUCUACCUUCCUAGAAGGCGUGUUCGACUCGUCCAACACGCCCAAUCUACCCGCUACGUGGCGUGACUCCUCGAAUCGUGAUCGACUAGCGAAAAGUAUAGUCGAAGUCUACGAUACUGUGAAAACCAAGUUCUCAGUGGACGACCAACGUCACUACCUAUUUACGCCCAGAGAUCUAACGAAGUGGGUCUUUGCGCUUGUCCGGUACGAUUUGGAACACGAAGAUGUGCUCGAUGCGCUGGCACAUGAAGCUCGUCGUUUAUUCCGCGAUCGUCUGGUAGAUAACGAAGCCCGAGCGAAGUUUGACGGUAUUCUGAACACCGUUUGGAAGCAGCAAUGGCGUCAUGCUGCAAAGUUACAAGAUGUGUACUUUAGUUCGUUACAUUGUCGGUCUACUGAAGCUGGCAUUGCUACAGUGACCGCAGCUCCGUUACAACGGAUUGCGAGUGACGAGUUCUCUCAAGUGGUGACGCAAGGAAUGGUCCUAUACGAACGCGAAGAGAAGGAUCUACACAUGUUGUUGUUCGACGAGAUCCUCGAACAUUUGACGAUCGUAGAGCGUGUUCUCUCGGAACCUGGAGGCUCCAUGCUGCUAGUAGGCAACUCGGGGGUUGGUCGACGUUCUGCGACUACACUGAUCUCGUAUAUGCUCAACUACAGUAUGUUCUCGCCUAGUAUUACUCGAAACUACGACGCCGGUAGUUUCCGUACGGACCUUAAGAGUUUGUUGGUCAAAGCGGGAGUGGAAGGACAGCACUACGUCUUGUACUUAGAGGACCAUCACUUUACUCAAGACGCUAUCUUGGAACUCACCAACUCGCUACUAAGCUCAGGUGAAGUGCCUGGAUUGUACACACACGAGGAGAUUGAGCCUCAGAUCGCUCCUCUUAAAGAACUCAUGCUGGAAAGUAUCGGAGCGAGUGGACAGGAACAUAUCCGUACAGUGUACGACUUUUUCGUGUCCCGAGUGCGUCAGUUUGUGCAUAUUGUGCUGGGGAUGGACGCUCGCAACCCGCAGUUUGUACUGCGAUGUGAGAGUAACCCAGCACUCUACACUCGCUGUGCUAUAGUCUGGAUGGGGGAAUGGCACUCCAGUAGCAUGUCUCGUCUUCCAGAGUUGGUAUUAAGCGGGUCCGAACUGGUUGACAGUCUGAUCAAAACCACACCCUUAAUAACGAGUCUGUACGCUAGUUGCAAGGAGUUCGGCGCUACUCCACGGGAAUUUAUCUGCUUCCUCGGCACGUGGCGAACCUUGUUUGAAGCCAAAUGUAAGCAGAUCGUACAGGAGAUUCGACAUCUGAAAAGUGGGCUAAGUAAACUGGAAGAAGCGAGUGUGACGGUGGAUGAACUGAGUCGCAACGCUGUAGUAAAAAAGAAAGACUUGAGUGCUGCUCAAGUGGCAGCGGACGAAGCGAUGAAGGAGAUCACGAACGCUUUAGAUCGUGCUGCUACUAAUCGACGUGAGGUGGAAGAUUUAAAGAAGCAGCUCGCAAAGGCGGAGACCGCGACGAAUGCUCGUAAGCGAGAGAUCGAACAGGAACUGAGCGAGAUCACACCUAUCCUACAGACUGCGAUGGAGGCCGUGGGGAAUAUCAAGAGCGACAACCUGAACGAGAUCCGAUCCCUCAAGAUGCCACCGGAACCUAUCCAUGAUGUACUCUCCGCAGUGCUGAUGCUGCUGGGGAUCCAGGAUACGUCGUGGAACUCCAUGAAGAAGUUCCUAGGUAAUCGAGGUGUCAAGGAGGAUAUCCUCAACUACGACGCUCAUCGUAUCACGCCCGAGAUCUCGAAAGCCGUCACGAAGCUCGUGAAGAGUAAAACCUCGUCGUUUGAUCACGAAACCAUCUAUCGUGUAAGUGUCGCUGCUGCACCGUUAGCUACGUGGGUGAAGGCCAAUCUCAAGUAUUCGAUGGUACUUAACAAGAUCGAACCGUUAGAAACCGACUUGGCAGAAGCCAAACGAUCGCUCGAGGCCUCGCAACAACGGCUGCUACAGUGCGAAAGCGAGUUAAAGAAGAUCGAUCUCACUGUGGAUCAGAUGAAAGUGCAGUUCGGAGAGAAAACCAAAGAAGCAGAGAUCUUACGAGUCAAUCUGGAACAGGCUCAAAGUACCUUGAACAAAGCACAAGGCUUGCUUAGUAAGCUAGGAGGUGAGAAGCAUCGCUGGUCAGAACAAGUCAAAGAGCUCGAGAACCGACUUACGGACUUACCUGUACGUAUGUUACUGGCUGCAGCGUUCACGACUUUCCUUGGUAAAUGCUCCGAAGACGCCCGUAAACGCGUCGUUAAAGCCUGGGAGCGUGAUAUACUGGAGACUCUCCAUCCAACUGGCUCUGCUAGUAGUUUACAUUUCGAUUACCGCAAGUUACUGAGCACCGAAAGUGAACUGUUGACGUGGAAAAGUAUGGGCCUUCCGUCGGAUAAUUUAUCGAUGGAGAACGCGUUGAUUGUAUCGAACUCUAGUGGAGAACGCUGUCCGUUUAUCAUUGAUCCGGCAAGUGCUAGUACCGCUUGGCUGCAAGCGGAACUGGCGAAAGACACGACACGUCCGCUGUCGAUUGUCCAGUCUCAAGACGCUCGAUUCGUCAAUCUAGUGGAACAAUCUGUACGCUUUGGAAAGACUUUGGUGAUCCUCGAAGUGGACAAUGUGGAGCCGUAUCUGUACCCAUUAGUGCGUAAGGAUCUGAUCCAUCAGGGGCCUCGCUUCGUCGUCGCAUUAGGUGACAAGGUGAUUGACUACAACGAGAACUUUCGACUGUAUUUGGUGACUCGAAACCCGUCGCCUCCUCUUGCUCCCGACGCGCUGGCGAUUGUCAACGUCGUCAACUUCACAGUCACCAAGUCUGGCUUGGAAGGACAGCUGCUUGGCGUCACUAUUCAACAUGAACAACCCGAACUGGAACAAGAGAAGAGCGAGUUACUACGACAAGAAGAAGACUGUAAGGUGCAACUGGCAGCUCUGGAGAAACAGCUCGUCGAGGCUCUUGCGACGUCGGAAGGAGAUAUCCUAGAAAACACUAUGUUAGUGGAGUCUCUGACCAAGACCAAGGCCACGAGCGCUGAGAUCGAGAACGCACUGGAGAGAUCAGCCAAGAAGUCCGAGGAGCUGGACGAGAAACGAGACACGUAUUCUCCAUUCGCUCGUGAAGGCGCCAAGAUGUUCUUCUUGGUCAAGCAACUGAGUGCUGUGAACCACAUGUAUCGCUUCUCGUUGGCUUCGUUCUUGGGGCUGUUUAAAGCCACGCUAGCGACCAAAAUGGAGUCUGCCAGUACGAAAGACCGUAUCUUACGGCUGAUCCCUAUUCUAGAGCACAAAGUGCUCAUGUUUGUGGGUCGAGCGCUCUUCAAAGAGCACAGACCCAUGUUCGGUCUGCACUUGGUACAUGGGAUGCAUCCAGAGUGCUUUGAGAAGAACGAGUACGAGUUUUUCAGUGGCCAAGUAGUGGAAGGUGAACGAGGCUCAACAGGCCACUCGACGCUACCGGAAUGGGCUUCUUCGGAGCGGAAAGAGGCGUUUACUCAAUUCGUCGAAGCGCUGCCACGUUUGGCGCAGUUGUGUAAGUUUGAGAGUCACGAUAUGUGGAUCCGAUGGUCCAAAUCCAUGGAAUGUGAGCAGAAUUUCCAUCCCAAAAUGGACAAAUCGGGGUCUGCGGGUGGCCUCUCUGCGUUCCAGAAGCUGCUGGUGGUCCAAGCUCUACGUCCGGAUCGCUUACAGAGCGCUAUUGUCCAGUUUAUCUGCGGUGUGAUGCAGCUCAAGUCGCUGACUCCUCCGUCACUUGACUUUAAGGUCAUUGGGACGGAAGAAGCCACAAACACGACGCCGGUUCUUCUCCUUACGACGGCAGGUGCUGAUCCUUCCAAGGAGUUGGAAGAAGUGGCGACGUCGGUCGUUGGAAAAGGUCACUACUUCGAGGUGGCUAUGGGUGGUGGCCAACAGGAAAAAGCUCUGAAUCUACUGAAAUCUACUGCGGAACACGGCGAGUGGCUGUGUCUGCAGAACCUUCACUUGGUUAUCGCGUGGCUUCCAGUGCUGGAGAAGGCAUUUAGUGCUUUAAACUCAAGUCACAAGUUCCGAUUGUGGCUGACUACCGAGCCCCACGAUGCCUUCCCGUUGGUUCUACUGGAACAAAGCUUGAAGAUCACGUUCGAGAGUCCUCCGGGUAUGAAGAAGAACCUGCAACGCACGUACGCAGCGUGGAACCCAGCGUUCGUGGCCAAGGGCACUCCAGCACGUGCACAGCUUCUCUUCUUGUUGGCUUUCUUCCAUGCUUUAUUACAGGAACGACGCACGUAUAUCCCUCAAGGUUGGACCAAGUUUUACGAGUUCUCGUUCGGAGACUUCCGUGCCGGCUCGAAUGUCAUGGAGCUGGCUUGCCAAACUACCGGAUCCGGAGGAAUUGACUGGGAAACACUGCACGGUUUAAUGGAGAACGCAAUCUACGGUGGACGUAUCGAUAACCCGUACGACUUGAGAGUACUUCGCUGUAAUUUGACCGAGUAUUUCAGCCACGAACUGCUCUCGGGACAUAAGAGUCUGACGCGUGGUGUCAAGCUACCUCAAAGCACACAACACGGAGAUUAUCUCGACCUUAUCGACCGUUUCCCAGACGUAGAUGCGCCGGCGAUGUUCGGGUUGCCAGACAACAUUGAGCGCUCUAUGCAGCGCUCUCUUUCCGGUCAAGUGAUCGCUCAGUUGAAGGCUCUGUCGUCGAGUGAAGCUGCUGCGACUUCCUUUGAUCGUGAGAAGUGGAGAGCGCAACUUGGUCCGUUGUUAGAGACGUGGGGGAAGCUUACAACCGGGUUCCAAUUGGAAGGCUCUUCUCUGUCGUCUAGUGCUGGCAAGAACCUGCAAGCGAUGACACCGGCGGACGCCUUCGUGGCGUUAGAGAACGACUACGCCUUGGAACUGGCUCAACUGGUAAAUUCGAGUCUACAGGCGUUAAAAAAGGUCAUUUACGGUACUGGACUCCUCACCCCAGCCAUCCAGACUGUCGCUAAGGCGUUACUUAAAGGUGUCGUACCCACAGAGUGGGCGACGCAAUGGGAGGGCAAUGAGAACGUCGGGACAUGGCUACGUGGCCUUGCCAUGCGCAAACGCGCUCUAUCUGAGUGGCAGGAGGCUGUAGGCAGUGGCCAGUUGCUUUCAAAAGGUCUGGAUCUGUCGGAGUUGCUGCAUCCGGGCACGUUCCUCAAUGCUCUUCGGCAACAGAGCGCACGUGAGCAAAAGUGCUCGAUGGACGGAAUGAAGCUCCUCUCGUGCUGGGAACGAGAGCGUUUGAGUGGCACGAAAGUCGAGUGGUUCGAACUGACGAGACUGUUGCUGCAAGGCGCUUCGUUUGAAGGUGGUACACUGCUUGAAGCCGUGUCAGACGCCCAGGAAUUGGUCGCGGUUCCGUCCUGCUAUGUGGCGUUUGUACGCGAGGACGCCCAGGAGAUGUACGAGAAGGAGAACUGCAUCAAGACGCCGCUGUAUUACGCCACAGAUCGUGAGCGAAUGCUAGUGGAGAUAUCAGUGCCCAUUGCUGGCGAUCGAGCGCGCUGGGUGCUUGCAGGCGUGGCGCUCUUCUUAGGCGAGUGA